AUGUCAUCCUCAGCCCCUUCAUAUCUCGGAGAAAGUCUUGGUACCGAAAUAGUCACCAUCAACGUUGGCACAGGAUCCAAUCGCAAGCAGUUCAUCAUCCACAAGAAGCUGAUAUGUAGCAAGGUUGAUUUCUUCCAUAAGGCUUUCGUGGGUGGCUUCAAAGAGAAUCAAGGAUUAAUGGAUCUACCAGAGGAGAAGCCAGCAGUUUUCGGGAUGUUCGUCGACUGGCUCUACAGAUCUGAUUCGCAAGUCGGCGUAUACACAAGUCAAGAGCAGUAUAUUGGCUUAUUCAAGCUUUAUUUCUUCGCUGAGCGGUUUUGCAUCGACCAUCUUCAAAAUCGAGUCAUGGAUCGCAUACUUAUCACAAUGGCUGGUGUUUGGGAGAACGACUAUAAUGGGCUUUGGAUCACCAUUCCAUUUGCGGCUUUCAUUUUUGAUAAUACGACAAAGGAAGCACCACUCCGAGCCUAUUGCAUUCACGAGCUUGCAUUUCGACUCUGGGAUCCCGCAAACAAAUCAACAAUUCCAAGCUCGGAAGACUUGUCAACUAUCUGCACACAUUGGUCCCAUAAGGAAGAUUUAAUGAAAGGAUAUUUCGAGUUCCUUCGUUCCUCUCCACUUGAAGUCGAGCCGCUGUGGGGUUACCACUGGAUGAAUGUACCUGAUUAUUGCAGGUUUCAUCGUCAUGGAAAAGACGAGGCCUGUUAUCUGGUUGUCGAGGGUGAUACAUUCUUCGGCAGUUUGGACGAAAACUUGCAGUUUGAGGAUUGA